UUCCCUCACAGUCCCACAGACGAGCGCAGACAUUUGGACUACUGCGGCACUCCUGACCGGUGGUUGAGUCACUAACAUGGAAGCGAAGAAACGAGGAAUUCCAGCUUCGAUUCCUGAGAAUGAGGAGCUCAUGGAGGUGGAGAUGAACGGCGUGCAGGACAGGCAGAACUUUGGAGAAGCUGAAGUGCCUCAGUCCAAAUCCCAGAGGAGACAAAGUGAUGUGAAGGUCUAUAAGGAGUUCUGUGACUUCUACGCUCGCUAUAACAUGGCAAACGCUCUGGCUAAUGCUAUCUGUGAGCUUUGUAAAGCCGGCUUCACUCCUGCUGAGAAAAUCGUGAACAGUAACGGCGAGCUGUACCAUGAGCAGUGCUUCGUGUGUGCUCAGUGUUUCCAGCAGUUUUCAGAAGGGUUAUAUUAUGAGUUUGAUGAUCGGAAAUACUGUGAGCAUGACUUCCACAUGCUGUUUGCUCCGUGCUGUAAUCAGUGUGGGGAGUUCAUCACUGGCCGUGUCAUUAAGGCCAUGAACAAUAGUUGGCACCCAGAGUGUUUUUGCUGUGAUAUCUGCCACGCUGUGCUUGCUGAUGUUGGUUUUGCAAAGAAUGCAGGCAGACACCUGUGUCGUCCGUGCCACAUGCGAGAGCGAGCUUGUGGCCUUGGCAAGUACAUCUGCCAGAAGUGUCACACCAUCAUCGAGGAACAGCCGCUCAUCUUCAGAAACGAUCCGUACCACCCCGAUCACUUUAACUGCAGCAACUGUGGUAAGGAGCUCACUGCUGAUGCCAGGGAGCUGAAGAAUGAGCUGUAUUGCCUGCCGUGCCACGACAAGAUGGGUGUGCCGAUCUGUGGGGCCUGCAGGCGGCCGAUAGAGGGCAGAGUGGUGAAUGCAGUGGGCAAGCAAUGGCAUGUUGAGCAUUUUGUGUGUGCCAAGUGUGAGAAACCUUUCCUGGGCCAUCAGCAUUUUGAACGCAAAGGCCUGGCUUAUUGCGAGACGCACUACAACCUGCUCUUUGGAGACGUGUGCCACCACUGCAACCGCGUCAUCGAGGGAGAAGUCAUUUCAGCACUGAAUAAAUCCUGGUGCAUCAACUGCUUCGCCUGUUCCACCUGCAGUUCUAAGCUGAGCCUAAAGGAUAAGUUUGUGGAGCUCGAUCUGAAGCCUGUGUGUAAACAGUGCUAUGAAAGAAUGCCGACUCAGCUGAAGGCCCGUCUAGCGAAGCGUGAACAUGACUCAAAGGACAGAAAAAAGAAGAUUGGUAUCUGUCUGUAAAGUUCUUUAUUUAGCUUCCCAGUUUCCUUUUCUUUCACAUCAUAUAUUUUUACUGAUAUUAAUAUUCAUGAUUAUUUAAGAGUGAAUGAUUGUCCAUUAGCAUGACAACACUUUUUAAGCAUAGUGCAAACCUUCUAUGGUGUCUCAAGUAUACAAAGUGUGGGUAUUUUUGUGAUCCAAAGACCUUAAUCAUUUAAUCUGGUUUAUUCUGUGUACAUGUGCUUUUGAAAUAAAUAUAUAAAAUGUUUAGCUGCAGCAUUAAAGUAUUUAGCUGUCUUUUUUUUUUUUUUGGUGUUGGGCCAUAAUUCUUUGACAUAUACAGUAUGCACUAAAAUGCUUCUUAUCAAGGUAAUUUUGGGUUGUUACUGGGGUGUAUGUGUUCCCAAUCAAAGAUGCACUAAAAAAAUAAUAAUCCUUUGAAUUUACUUGAUGUUAAUGUGUACAUCGGUUCCACAUCAUCAAAAUGUGGCCAAAUUACACACAUUUUUCCUGCUAAACCAAAGUAUUUCAUUCAUGGUAAAUUUGUGU